AUGAAACAAGGCUCGGGGACUGGGAGAGCUCGCAGCCCGGCCGUCACCUCCCCAGCCGGGCACAGUGGCACGUGGAGGUGUCUGCUGGGCCUCAUCCUGGGCGCUUCCGGAACCGCCAGUGCCUGUCACCUUCACCUGUGCCACAGCCUGGCGGCCGCCCUCACUUCCUACAGAAAAGAACUAAGUCUGUCUGCUGGGCUCCUCCAGUUAGAGCGCAGAAGAGAUUUCACCUCUUCUGGGAAUAGGAAGCUGUACUUUGACACUCACGCCUUAGUGUACUUAUUCGAGGACAAUGGGUUUACUGCUCAACAAGAAGAAAUCAUUGUGUCUGCAUUGGUCAAGAUCAUGGAGGCCAACAUGGAUAUUGUCUACAAAGACAUGGUCACCAAGAUGCAGCAGGAGAUCACACUUCAGCAAAUAAUGUGUCAGAUUGCUAAUGUGAAAAAGGAUAUGAUUAUCUUGGAGAAGAGUGAAUUUUCAGCCCUCAGAGCAAAAAAUGAGAAAAUAAAACUCGAACUACAUCAGUUAAAACAACCAGUAAUGGAUGAAGUGAUCAAAGUCCAAACAGAUACCAAAUUGGACUUCAAUCUAGAAAAAAGCAGAGUAAAAUAAUUGUAUUCACUAAAUGAAAGGAAACUGCUAGAACUGAGAACAGAAAUAAUGGCAUUGCAUGCCCAGCAAGACAGGGCCCUCACCCAGACAGAUAGAAAGAUAGAAACUGAGGUUGCUGGCCUCAAAACCAUGCUUGAGUCACACAAGCUAGAUAAUAUUAAAUAUUUAGUAGGAUCUAUAUUUACGUGCCUAACAGUAGCUCUGGGAUUUUAUCUCCUGUGGAUAUAAUAAAGUAUCUAUUUAAAGAGA